GAAAGAGAAGAGAAGGGAGGUGACCUGCAGUGUGGUUGUUGAACACAACAACCAAAAUGGUUGUAUCUCAUUUCAAUGUAUUAUUUGCAGUAAUUUUACAGAAUUCAUAAAUGUUCAAUUGAGACGCAACUGCCAUACUAACCAAGACCUUGCAUUGCGUGCCCGUAAAUGUCACCCCCAUGCAGGCCCUAGGAGAUGACCGUAUACCAUUUGUAGGACUUGCGCGCGAUGGAAGGCAACGACUCCUAUGUCAUCCUGGGGACAUUGGAAGCUCCCCACAACGUCCGCCUGCUCGCAUUCACCCUGUGCCUGAUCGUCUUCGUUGCCUCACUGCUCGCCAACCUCCUGGUGCUGCUCUCGGUGGUCGUGCGCCCGCAGCUGCACAAGCCCGUGUACGCCUUCAUGUGCAACCUCAUGACGGCCGACAUCAUUGGCUGCACGGUCAGCUUGCCCCAGCAGCUCUACAUCUUCCUGACGGGGGACACGCGCAUCCCGCGCUCCUCCUGCAUCGCGCAGAUGUUUUCCAUCAACCUGUUCGUCGGCCUCGAGUGUUUCGCCCUCGCCUCGAUGUCCGUCGACCGCUACGUGGCCAUCUGCCACCCACUUCGCUACCACGCCAUCGUCACCGGCAAACGGACGCUGAUGGCCAUCGCUGCCAUCUGGGGCUUCGUGGGGGCCGUGCUUGUGCCCCUUACCAUUCUCGUCAACGCGCUGAAGCUGAGAGACGGCGACAGGCAGAUACAAGGCGUGAUAUGUGAUUACAUGGGGUUCGUCCGGCUGUCGCAGGGCGACACGCAGCUCCAGGCGGUCUACAGCACGGCGAUGGUCGUGGUGCUCUUCGUGGUGCCGCUGUUGCUGAUCGCGUACACGUACGCGAGGGUCAUUGUCGAGUGCGCGAGGACGCGGCGGAGCGAUUUCAAGGCGAAAGCGGUGAACACCUUCCUCACGCACUUCUUCAUGCUCGCCGUUUUCUUCGUCGCGACCUUCCUGUCUGUCCUCGUGUCGCGCUUGGUCAAGGACCUGCAGAGCGCCCAGGCGAGGAACAUGCGCUACGCCGCCGGCUUCUCCACCUUCUUCAUCCCCAUGGCCAACGUCAGCAUCUACGUGUUCAGAACGAAGGAGCUGAGGAGGGAGGUGACGCAUUGCCUCCGUGCGAUUAUUCCGAGCGAUUUUUGCGGAGCGAGGGCCCACAAGGUAUCGGCAAUCGUUUAGAGGGGUUCUGAACGCUCCUUCCUGAACGGUCCGUGCGAUGGCACGCAGCGCAGAGCAACGUCGUAAGCGGGGUAAAAUGUCGCUCACGUAGACGCGUCAGUCAAAGUGAUGUUCUGCUCAAAUGAGCUUUGAGGCAGUGCUAAUCUCCUGUUUACACCACCUGCACCACCAUCAUCAUUGACUUUAAACCUGGGCUUAACUUAAGCCCGAGGUUCAGGUCAACUUCCCUAAAAAUUAUUCUGAUGUCCGGCACACCAUAUCCCAUUGUGUCACACGGGAGCAUCCAGUCUACCAGUGACACAGAACAUAUUGAGUGAGAUAUUAAACCCUGCUCAUAACGAAGUAAAAUGUAUUGCGUCGUCGUUAAUGUUUGUGGAACAGCUAAUCAGCCUCUCUGCCUGAUUAUUUAAAUAAAAGGAGCAUUUUUUGGAAAAAUAGGGAGUUUUUUUUGUGUUUGUGUCCCACUUCCAAUGGUAAUUAAAUACUUUCAUUCGUGUACAUUUGUACCGAAUUAAUGUGUACGUAGAAUAAUGUUUCAUCAUUGUAUGUAAGUUGAACUUCUUUCGCACUGUACAUAGCCAACCGUGCUAAUCAGAGGCAUCAGUUGUUAUCCACUGCUGGAUGAUGGUCUCUUAAUGCUGAUGCCUUGAGGUGCCUGGGUGGCUGUGAUCAGAGCGUGAAGCUAAGCAAAGUACCUCUGAAAGCCAAGGGUUAAUAAUUCAGGCAUCCGCUUGUGAUUAAACGGGAUUUUCAAGCGUAGCGGUCUCAGCCUGGUAUACCAAUGUCUACACGAGAAGUAGACUUCACAUUCAAUUUGGUUCCUGCACUGAAUGUGGAAAAACAUUCCAGCUCAGAAAAUGACAAACGUAAAUUUGAAUGUCAAGUGACCAACAGUACUACUCUCAGUGGCAGAGUGGGUGGGAAAGUGACCUCCUGUGCAUUUGUACAAUUACAUGCUCACCGCUGCUGCUGUAGGCAUGGGGCUUCCUCUGGCCGUGUUGAGCCUGGUGAACUGUUUUAUCUGCUACAAAUAUCUGGUCAGCAUGCGUGAUUUCGUGUUGUUGUUGUUUGAAAUUCCAAAUAUUUUAACGUCAAAAAAUGUUACAUUGUAUUCACGUUUCUUCACAAGUUUUCAGGUCCACGCAGGAAUGAUGAGUGAUUUCCAUUUUUUUCCAUUCGUUCUACCGAAACAGAAAUAUAUUGCUCUGUUCAAUUUGCUGGAAGGCAUGAGAUGGAUGAAUGCCAAUUCACACUGAAACCGGCUGCCAAUCUAAGGUAGGACAAAGGGUGGCACAUCUGAGUCGAGCCAACGCGGGGUCCUCGUGGCAUGGUUGCUUUUCCACUGGCUAUGUCCCAUGCGGAGCUGGAUACAAUCCGAACACGCCCUCUGGUGCACGUUGAACAAUACCAUUUAUAACGCACGCGAUAUUCUGCGGACUUCAAUGACCGUAAGUCCGCGGGGCUCAGUGCCACUUGAAAGCCAGGCGAAAGAGGUGGGGCCUCCUGUCGAUUGAAUGCUGCGAGGUACGUUCCAGUCAGAACGGGGGGCGACCGUGGAGAAACCACGCCUGGUAGGGAAGUUCCUGGUCCUUUUGGUAUGGAGAGGAGAUUGCGAAUUACGUGCGGAGCAUGAGACCAUGAGCUUGUUUAUAUUGUUGAUUUGACAUAAGGGGUGCCUAAGCCAGUUAUAAUAUCACUCAUCACUGUUAGCAGUGGCCAGAAAUCAAUAUCUGGUCGCCGUGUUCUGAGCACAUUGCGCUUAUACUAUCACUCGCUCCACAUGCAUGCCUGUCAAACUCUUAUCAGUGCCUACCUUAUUACAGACCAAUUCAGACCUUAUUAGUCACCCCGUGCCCUUAUAAAUCUCAACGUUCAUCCUUCAAAGUCCCAUCGCAAGGGAGAAACACAAACAAACAUAAAAAACACGCAAUUUUGCUCAUAUUUAAACGGCUGUCCGCCGUCUGAACCUGAAAAUGCAAUUUCCCUGCAGAAGAAUACGAGGUAAACCGUACGGAUUGACACGGUAUGGGUAUGCAAGAAGGUGUGGUGAUUAUGUUCGUGAAAAAAUCGCGCGCGUGUCCGUGGCGCGCCCUCGAACGACGCCGCGCCUGGACUUGCACGCGGCGCGUGGACACCGCCGAUGUCGCGAUUUGCCGAGGGCGUUCGGGCAGCACUUGGUAGGUCGUCGCCCCCCGUUUUCCUGUUCGCGAUUUGUCUCAGGGAGGGAGGGUGGAUUGGGGCAGUGACUUUAAACCCAGUGCCCUUCCAGCGG